GUCGUGCCUGCUGCAGCGCCUGCACCAGCCGCAGCGGCCGCCCUGGCUCCGCUGGCGGUCGGCGACGCCGAGCCCGCGCCUGCAGCUCCCGCGGAGGGCGGUGGCGGCGCCGGGCCAGCGCCUGCAGCGGAGGAGGGUGCGAUCGCCGUGCCUGGCGGUCCAGCGCCGGCCACUUGGACGCUCGAUCCCCCGGUCGCUACGGCGCUGAGUCGGUGCCUGCAGGUCUUCACUGCCGCUUUCGGCGUUGCCAGGGAGGGCGACGAUCUGCGGGACGUGCCGACCACCGGGCUCAAUGAGCUCGAGCUCGAGGAGAAGGGGGCUUACCAAGCUAAAAUGGGGAAAUACGCUACAGACGGGCUAAAGGCCCUUCGGGAUGACGGCUUCUGGUUGGCACUCCGGGUAUCAGGGCGCCUUCGAGGCCCACUCGAUCAGCUCUUGCACUUCACGCAGCAAUCCCGCGGAGCCCGCGAGCCGCAGAAUUUAGCCCUCUUGGUGUGGGGGCAUGCGAACAAGGUAAGGGUCAAGCUUGAGGGCCUCCUCGACCCGAAUGCUUGGACCGAUAUACUCCGAGAUGUGCCCGAUGGCAUUGCCUCCAAGGCCAUGAUCAGCAUCAAGCAGUGCGUGCUGAAGCUUUUGGGUGCGUUCCAUAUUCGCAUUGCCAAACCCGCGGAGGAAUUUCCGCAGAGGUUGUUGUGGCUCGCUCGUGGGGCCGCUGAUCAGCCAUGCGUGGAGCGCCAGAGACUCGCCGCUGAGCUGAUGGACUGCACCGACCCAGCGUCCUUGCGCAUUUCAGCGGCAACUGUGCGAAAGUUGUUUGGGCCCGAGCUGAAGGAGGCGGCCACGAACGGCGGGCGGAUUAGCAUGGUCGUCUACGCGCCCUUCAGGGUCGCGGCCGAGACCUGGCGUUCGGACACGCAGGAGAUCGAGGGGAUCAACAACAUCCUGCAGGUCGGUGCCGACCGCGCACCGAGGAUCUCCCUCGCGCUCCUCGAUGCCCGGGCGUGCAUCCGGAAGGAGUGCGGCCUGGGGUCGCGCGCAGUGGCAAGGCCGAAAUGGUCGAACAUUGAGCGCCACGUGCAGGCGAUCGUCGAGGACGCCGUCCAGUUCAUGGGCGAGGGCGACGGCGUGCUGGCCAUCAAGGAUAGGUGGCUUGAACCGCCCGUGGUGUUGGACGAUGCAGCACUCACCCCAGCUCGGCCUGUUGUCGGCCAUGUCGACCCCCGCAUGAAGGCAUGGGCGGCCUCCUACCAUAUGCAUUGGUGGUGGGAGUCCAAGGCGUUGGCGGAUGGGGCGGACGCUAGCAAGGGUGACCGCGCGAUGGGCUUGGUCAUCUUUGGAGGUGAGCAGGACGAUGGAGCCACGCUGUCAGGCUGGAUGUGCUGCAUGACGUACGGCUACGUUGGGGUAUUCGUCAAGGUCACCCUGCGCCCUGAUGUAGAGAUGAAAUCCGCGACAGUGGAGAUCACGCGGCCCGUGCAGCACAUGAUCUCCACGGACCUGUUCCAGCGUUUCUACGGUCGGUGCCGCGAUGAUGGCGCCACGAUCGAUCUCGUCCAUGGAAUAGCAUGGUACCCCGACAACGGCGACCGCGAGGACCACCCUGCACUAUGCGAUGUGAAAAGGCUGUAUGACUUGCCUCCUCUCGUGAAGGCGCACUGCGUGCAGAGCGGCAAGACCCCCGAGCCGAAGCCCAAGCCCAAGGCCGCCGCCAAGGCCGCAGCAGCGCUGGAAGGUGGCGCGGGCCCAGCUGCGCUGCUUGACGCCGCCCCCGGCGGCCAUGCGGCUGCCGCGGCCAUCCUGGACGCCGAUGCUGGCAUGCUUGCGGCCGGCGUGGACGACGGCAGUGAAGUGCUCAGGGCCCUCGAGAGCGGCGCUGCUGAAUCGCUGACAGCCAAAUUGGAUCUGGCAUACGCGGCAGGCGCCAUCGUCGACGCAGACUUCCAGGCGCAGUUCGACAAAGUCUACAAGGUCAUGUUCCCCGACGCCGUGGACCCGUCGAAGGAGGGCCCGACGGCUGACGCCCACUGCAUACAUGGCAUUGGGGUUGCGAAGGACUUGGUGGCCGCAGUGGGCGACGAGGGCAUGGACGUCACCACCGCGUACGUCGCCCCCGGCGGCGGGGGCCCUGGCCCUGGAGGUGGCCCUGGCGGCGGGGGCCACUCGUCUGGCGGCGGCGACGAGGUGCAUGGAUGUGCGGGUUAG